AUGGAAGCCACUGAAUUUGAUGCUAGCCUCGGUGGUGGAGAACACUUACCCAAUACAGUUAAUAGUUUCAAGUUUGUUUCUUCAAGAAGUAUAGAAAUUGCAGCGAUGACUGAGAGUAUUUUGAAGCCCAAUAAAACUAAACUGAUAUUUCAAUACCUACCGGUACACAUGAGGCGAAGAGUAAUGAGCCACAACUGCAAAAGGUUACCUAAGAAGCUGCGAGAAGGCCAUAUGGAACAACUUAAAAAGAGUGGUUUACCUCCCAAACAAAAGCGACCCUCCAGGAAAUUCAGGCGUAGACCGACAAAUCUUCUUGAGGAAUACACAAAAAGACAAAGAAGAAUAGCUUGGUUAGAAACACACAUUUGGCAUGCAAAGAGGUUUCAUAUGAUUGAAAGAUGGGGUUAUCGUCUGGCUUAUAGACCGUGUGACAAAGCUUUUAGGGCCUGCUAUCGGGCAUCCUCGGCUCAUUGUCUUUUACAAGAUAUAUCUUAUUGUCUACCAAUUAGAAUAACGGGACCCCUAGAAAGUAUUGAAAAAAUGUUCAGUUAUAUGACAAAUAGAUUAUGUGGGUUGAGUAUCACUGCUAAAGCUUAUUUAUCUGGCAAUAGAGCAGGAUUUAUUCACAUGUUUAAACCAGGCUCAUAUCCAUUUGGGUAUGUUGGAAAAGUUGAAUUUCUAUGGGUACAUGUAAACUUAACACCAGAAUUAAUUUUGUUUGUACAUCCGUCACAAGUUAAAGAAAUGGAAUCCAUUAUGGUAGGAAUUAUAAGUGAAUCUGACCCUCAUAAAUGUGACAAUAAACAGAUGAAAUUAAUAAGUAACCUAGCAGGUGUAAAAAUCCAGGUUCUGUAUGAGAGUUUCAAUAGAUUUCGACUUACUGGACCAAAAAGUCACCCAAUUCUCACUCAUUGUUUAAAACCUGUGAAUGAAAUUUCCACUGUAGCCUCAAACAAAUGGGUUUGUGAAUCUAAUAAAUUUAAUAUUGAUUUACUACUAAAAGAAAAAUAUGACUAUUGGUCCAACAUUUGUAAUCUUACCUCACCAUCUCAGUUGCCUGCAAGAAUGGUCAUCGGUUUAACAGUAAGAGACCCUAGAUGGAGCCGUCCAAAAAAGAGAACAAAAGCUGAAUCUUUGGAUUGUAACAUUAGUUCUGAACAUUUGAUAAAAAUACCAGAUUUUGCAUCUUCAUCACCCCUUUGGUAUACUGUCAUCAAUAACACUGUGAAAAAAAAUGCAAUUACAAAUGCUAAAUUUAUAGAGCACAUUACCAAAACAAACUUGGUACCAGGUGAAAUUAAUGAAGAUGACCCAAAAAUACAAAGCAUUCCCAUAGUUCUAAUCCAGCUACCAGGUUCCCAAAAUUCAGAGUAUAAAAAAAUUGGGUAUGGCAGUGGAUGGGACAUCAUUGUACCUUCAGGAUAUGGACUAGCAUUUUGGUUAACAUUUGUUAUGUUUGGAGCAAGAUCUGGUGGCCUAAGAGAAACUGAGCACUUGGCACUAGAGAUGGGAGAGUGUUAUUUCCCUCCCGACUCUGAAUCUGGAAAACUUGAAGAGAAAAGAAUGGAGUUGCAUCUAAGGGAUAUAUACUUUAAACGGCCACCAAGUAAACGAGUUAACUUUAUAAAGCUAGGUAUUUCAAAUCCAUUUAACUACCCUUGGACUAUUUUAUUGAAAGAUUGGAGUGAACAAUCUCCUAAUGACUUUUUUGUUUUGAGAGACAGAAAAGUUAUUAGUGAAUUACAGAAUGCCCUCAGAAAAAAAGGAACAAUAUCAGAUAUAAGCAAUGGUGAUUUUUGUUUAGUACCCAUUUAUUUACACGUCAAUGGAACAGGAACUGUAAAGGAACAUGCAUUAAUAUGCGUGCCAGAAUUUGGAGACCUAAUUUCAACUAGAACAAUAUGUGAAGCCCAGCAUGAAGACCCAAAUGCUAAAAUAAGGAAAGAAAGACGAAAGGACCACUUAAAUUUGCUCAAAAAGUUAAGAAGAAAACGUUUGAAGCUUAAGAAGAAGGCUACAACGAAAAGCACCAAACAAGUGAAACGUAAACCGCAUGAGUUGUCAGAAUACGUCAAGAAUAUGAGAGAGCUCUGGGUACCAUCAAAUAUCAAUAGCGUAAGGCACAACUGUCUCAGGGAAGUAAUGGGCUAUGUCUCAAAAGGAGCAUUCAGCUUCACCGAGAGUAAAUGUUGUGCAAUUGGCUAUGUAACAUUUAACGCUCUGAAACACCUUGUAGAUUCCAAAUUAAAUAAAGUUCUCGUUAGAAAUAUUAAUUCAACGAAGUAUAGAAUUGCCAAUAUUCAAAUAAUAAAUAGUCUUUAA